UCGCAAUGUCCCACAACAUCCUCCUCACCGGAGCGUCCGGCUACCUAGGAGGCACCGUCCUAGCGCGCUGGAAGAACGCCAACCUCCCACCAUACGGAAAACUAUACGCAUUGGUCAGAUCAGAGGAUCAAGGAGAACAAGUGCAAAAACUAUAUGGUGCAGAGCCUCUUGUUCUCAAUGUUAGAGAUCACGAAACCGUCACCCAGGCCAUCAUCGACAAGCAAAUCACUAUUGUCUACUACCUCAUCGAUGCCUACUCAGCAAAGCAUCAACCGACUUUCAUCAAAGGCCUAGGAGAGGUCAAGAGGAAAACAGGCAAAGACGUACAUUUUCUGCACACAACUGGCUCAAAGCAGUUUAGUCGACAUGCGGGCGUCUCUGUCGAUCAGGUAUUGUUGGAUACGGAUCCGAGACUUUACCAUAUUCAGAAGGAGGCGAAGUCCAAGCAUAAGUUCGCUGCUGAAUCCGCCAACACCAACGCGACUAUCAUCGACACAGCCGAAGCACACGGCGUACAGACCUACAUCUUCGCUCCGUGUCUUGUAUACGGCCAGGGGGAAGGGUUCGGCAACCGGACUUCGAUCCAAGAUGUUGAUAUUGUUCGCGCUGCUUUAAAGCUGCGUCGGGUGUAUAAGGUUGACACGGACGAUCCUAUCUGGCCUGUGUGCCACAUCUCCGACACAGCAGAGUUGUACCUGCACAUUCUCCGGAAGAUACUAUCAGGAGAAGAAAUCAGCCACGGUAGGAAUGGUUUCUUCCUUGCUGCCUCGGGCAGUAUUACCUGGAAUAGAGUUUACAGUGCUAUGGCUAAGGCGCUUGCGAAGCGUAAAUUAGUUAAGGAUGAUGUUGUUAUGCGGGCUGAUGAUGAAGUGUUGGCGAAGAUGGGUGAGGCGCUUGGUGUUGCACCAGAUGAGGUGCCGGUGCUUAUUGGGGGGAGGUGUAUGUUUACGCCUGAGCAUGGACAGAAAAUUGGGUGGGAGCCACAAUAUCCGCCUCACCAUAUACUCGAUGUGGCAGACGAUGAAGUUGAGUUUAUCAUGAAGGGGCUGGAGGGUGGUAAUAAGCGACCGGAUAUUAGGUAG